AUGAAUCCGUCGAAAUAUCACGUAACGCUGCUGUUGGUCGUGAGCCUGUGUUGCCUGGUCACCGUAAGUAUAUAUUAUAUUGAUUGUUGUAGUACGUACCGAUCAUUGUGGAAAAAAAAAAAAAAAAAGACGGACAUACUGUGGGCCACUGUUGUAGGUUAGAAGUCGGGAAUGUAUAGGGUAUGGAGAGGAAUUUAUUGAAUUUAUGUCUAUAAGCAAAGAUAAACCAUCGCCGAUGAAAAACUAUUCGAAACCAAGUUUCUAUUAUAGGUGUACGUACAUUUUCCCGUUUUUCCUUCAUUUUCCACGGUUUUUCCUAAUUAUUAUGAAAACCGCUUGGAAAAUCAAUCAAAAAACGACCUUCCUAGAGUACCGGAUAGAUACAAUUCCCUUUCAGAAAAGAUGUUAAAAUCGAAAAUAUAUCCGUCGUUACGCUCCGAAUCUAAAAUUUAAAAAGGCAAUAAGAAUAAUACGAUCCUGAGUAGAGGAGAUCGGCUAAGAGUACGUGCUACUUACCGUGUUAAGGGCCGGUACCCGUACAUGCGAUUUUCUCGUCAUAAAUUCGAAAAACAGAAUUUCGUUAACUCAAAAAUAUUCAAAUUCAUUUUCAACAUAUAUUUACUAUAUAGUUCCAUUAUCACAAGUAAUUUCGGUGUAAUUUCAUAAUUAACUUAAAAAUAUUUACAAAAAACCGUUUCGCCGGGGCAAAACCUACUCAGACUGUGGACUUAGUUGUGAAACUAAAUUUUCAUCUUAAAAUAAAGAAAACUUGCGCUGUGCACCGUCAGUUUCAGUUUCACUGUUGCGAAAAAAGUUGUUCGAGUUGAAUUCCUAUUAGAAACAAACAGAUUUUCAAACAAUGAUAUAUUUUUUUGUGCUUGUAAUAGCGACAAAAAAAAAAAAAAAAACAUCAAAGCAUGCAAUUUUAUGCAAUUUUUCUUUUUUUAUGGUCAACAUUUAAUUUUUUAAUUAUAUAAAUAGCCCGAGUAGUUUUGUUCUACACAAUACGGUUUUUAUAAUCUAAUUACGGACAUUCGAACGUUCUCUUAAAAGUAGCGUUUUCGUUGUAGAAUUUAAAGGACCUGAUCGUGUUUAUUAUAAGCCAGAGCCACUAAUAUAUAUCAGAAUUCAGGGGACUUACUUUUUUUAAAUUCAAUUGAUAAAGUUUAAAUAUAUAUACCAAAAAACAACCUGUGAGGUGGUGUAGCCCUUUACAUAAUACUUAUACCUUGGACAUUUAUAUUAAGUUUGGACUAAAAAUUAUCAACUCAAAAUAACAAUAAGCAAUUAAUAAAAGUUCAAUAAAUUUUACUGAUAUAAAACAAUUUAAAAUACAUAGCAUCUUAUUGAUUAAAUAAGUGAGAUAAUUAGCUGAUUGAUUAUUAUCGUACUUUGCUUGAGGAAAAACACCUUGAUACCACUCUUGGGUGGUGGCUUUCUCAUGUGUCUUACCAUGACGUGGUUUUUUAUUCAACCAUGACAAUACGGUUGCUUGUGGAUUAUAUUCCAAUACGGCUGUCAUUUUUAUUUUAUAACAGUCUUUAAUUUGUGGAAGCUGGAACGGCUAGAGUUUUUAAUACAGUAUGAUAUGCAAUUAACUAGACCGUGUUUAAUGUUUAUGAUAUUUGUAUACAAUUGAUAACGAACAAGUUGUUAUCAAUUUAAAUUGAGAUAAAAAAUCAAAGAAUAUUUAUAUGAAAUUCGAAAUUUGUAUAAUUAAAACUGAUAUACACAUUAGAAAACUUGGUUGGUACACACAUCUGUAAUUCAGAGGACACACUUUGAUAUUCACAUGGAAAAAAACUUUGUGCCUGGAGAUACACUAUUUUAGGCCCUGUUACAAAUAUUAUUAACGUUUAAUUUUUAACAAAAUUUCUCUUUAACUAAUAAUUCAAUCAGUUUUAAUUUUUAUACUAAUAAUUCAUAAGGUACAUUAUCGCCACUAUAACAUUUGUUUUCUUUGUAUGUCUCACACAUAAUACAUAUUAUAAAAACAAAGGCAUUCCGAAUUUCAGUGAUUGCGAUUCUCUGGUUGAGUUUAGAACAGGGCGAUAGAAUUAUACAUUUUAUAAAGAAGAGUAUUUUCUAUGAAUCCUAUGACUUAUAUUGUUAUUUUAAGUUUUCCUUUUUUAUCAAGAAACCUACAUUGCGUAGAUAUUCUUAUUUUUUUAAGGGGGGGGGGGUUCCCAUUUUUUUUGGUAAAAUACCUAAAAUUUCGAAAACGAUGCACCGACUAUGCAUUCAAAAUGAUACAAAAAAAUUAUUAUGACGUUUUCUAUUUGAGUAUUUCUUCUGGUGGGAAGUUUUACACAUCACAUAUUUACAUGUAUACAUUUUAUGAUGGCAGUGGUUAAAGUGAAAGAAACUUCGAGGCAAUAGGAGAGGGCAAUAUUUAUCACAAUUUUAAUGGUGUUACCGAGCACUGACUAGGUAACAUCAAUCUCAAACGUUUAGGAAACUAACAGUACUAACUCACGGAGUAAAGCUUUCCAUAAUACGUUUAUAUAUCUAUACAAAUUGUCUCACGAAGAUAUACUCAUUGUAAUAUCUUCUGAGAAAAUAAAGAUAAUCAAAUCCUGUUUUUUUUUUUUUUUUUAUAUAUAUAUACAAUUACUGGUAAGGAUAAGGACUAACAUAUUUAUAUUUGAAUAUAAUUGUUAUAAUUUGAUAAAAAAAAAAACUGGAAAAAGGACGCACAUACUUUGCACGUGGGUGUAGUCACUGUUGUAGGUGGGAAGCUGGGAAGGUAGGAUACAGAUCGAAAUUGAAUGCAUAUCUGUAAGCAACGAUAAACGAUUGCUAACGAAAAAACGAUUCUGAGCGGAGUUCAGUUGGUAGUGGUUCUUUGUAAUCAACAUAUAUGUCAUAUUAGAGUAAAAUUAUUACAAUGUGCGUUUCCAUGACAACAAUGAUUGUUUAAAAAAUAAUAAAAUAAAAACUUAAUAAUAACAAAAAAUAUAUAAAAAACGGUUGCCAAUGACAGCCUUAUUUUUAAUCUUUCAAUAUUUUUAACUUAAAGAACCAGGUUUUCCUCAUUAUCUCAAAUAUUAAUGAGAAUUUCAAAAAAUGAGUUCUUUAAAGUACCACCCAAAGAAAAUUUCCUUUCAAGAAAGGUGCUAUACUUAAUGAUUGGAGUAAGCUUUUUGGUAGAAAAAGUGUUCACAUAAAAAAAAUAAUAAUAAUAUUAAAAAAAUAAACGUCUUUGUAAAACCAACAUAUUCUUCGUUAAACUCAGAAUUCGAUUAUCUUUAUUAUCCCCAGAGAUAUUUCUAUAGAUAUAUCUUCGUGGGACACCUAUACAUAUUUGUUUUAAUUGUUUAGAAAUAUUGUUUUGUUUUUGAUUAUCAUUUUUUAUUAUAGGGGCGAUUCACGACAGAACAAAUCGAUCAAUAUGGAAAAGCGUGCAACGCCAGCGAAGGUAAUAGGUACCGUUUUGUCGACAUUAAAAUACUAAACAAUAUAUAUCCGUUCGAUUUUUCUGAAGGUGCUUCCUGCGUUUUUGUUUUUAAUUUAAUUUUUUUCUAUUAAUGGUAUAAUUACAAAAAAAAAAAAAAAAAAAAAAAAAAAAAAAAAAAAACGAAAAUCUGAUCCACUAUGUUCGACAAUGGUACAAACAAUAAUAUUGUUAUUGUAUUAUCGCACGAAUUUUGUCGGUUCCGGUCGUCAUAGCAAAAUUGACAGGUGGCACCAUGGAACGUUCGGAUAUAGGUAUUUUUACUGAAAAAACUAGACUCUAGAACUAAUAAAGUUUUAUCGUUAUCGAUGUAAUUAAAUUUUAUGAAAUUAAUGUAAUUUUUAUUCGAGAACAUUUCCCCUGUUUUUCCGCUAAUUUUUUGACAAAUUGAUGUUUUCAUACUCUUCUUAGUCGGUCUGAAACGAUUGAAUUGUGGAUUGUAAUCGUACAAAAAAAAUGUAAAUUUAACGCAUUUUUUAAUUUUCGUUUUGAAAUGAUAUUUAUAUAGGUACUUGAAAUUGGUGAAAAAAUUAUUAGAAGUCAGCUAAUAUAUACAAAUUGGUCUCGAGCGUUUUUCUCCCUGUGCAGGAUUCGGUAGGUUUUAAAAAUAAUGUAUUAUCCUCUCCCCUUCCUCCAUAAAUAAUCCAAAUUAUGACACUGCAGAUCAAUAUCACGUUCAAAGAUAAUAAAUAUUAUAUCUAUUAUAUAGCACGCGUAUAAUUAUUCAAUUUUUUCAACGAAAAACGUUGACAAUCAUAUUGGAUGAUUCGAAUAAUAGAGGGUAGCGUUUCCGAGUAGUUCUGUUUACUCCGACAGAUCGCGGUAUUUAUCACGAUUUUAAUAUUGUAUUGUUAUUGAAUAAAUCAGUAUGGUCGCAUAAUAUUAUUAUAAUGACGCAUAGUGUAUACUAUUAUACUAUAUAUUAUAUAUAUUAUAAACUAGUGUUUGUAAUCAAUGAUAGUAGUGACUAUAAAAAGUCGACUUGAAACAAAAUAAAAUAAAAUCUAAUAUCUCAUUGUAGGUUGCAUGGCUAUUAUCUUCAGACACCGUGACUUUAACCUCGUUAAAAUUAAACGUAUAUUUAUAACCGUAUAAGUAAUUAAAGCGGAAAAUAAUAUAUACCUACGACAAAACAAUAUCCGCACAAUCUCGUCAGUAGGCAAUUAGAACGAACGACAAUUUUGUAUUAAAAAAAAAAAAAAAAAAAAAAAAAAAACAGGCCCAGAAAUUAUAUUUUAUCUACCGACAGAUCGAAAAAAUUCGGUUUUCGAGCUUAAUGAGAUUAAACUUUUUCUGUUAAUAUGCCGUGGAACUUAUGUACGAGUUAAACGAUCUGGAUAUGGUAUCUCGACACGAACUGUAGGUAUUAUACGCGAGUAUAAUAAUAACAAUAAUAAUAUUAUCGCGUGAGCCGAAGAUAUUAUUGUUUUCUCUAAAACUUUGAACCGUGCAAAAGCCCUUUUAUCGCUUUGGUAUUUUUUCAGCCCCACCGAGCUGUUUAGCAGAAACUUUUUUUAUUUUUCAACGGUAGCGCGCAAUUCGUUUUCCAAAAUAACGCAGUAAUAUUUCCGUAUUUCUUAUAGGGGGAAACAUUUAUAUUAAUUUGCAACGUGCGAUAGCGCUAUGGUUAUUUUAUUUAUAGAAUAAAAUCAGUCGGAUAAACGAUUCCCUUUCUUAGCGUUUUGCAGUUUAAACGUGGGAUGUUUAGUGCCACUAUAAUAUUAUUGUAUAUUUUAUCAUAAAGAACCGAAUAGUUUCUUCAAAGAUCCAAUUCGUCGGAUUGAACGAGUUUUUCGAUUUCUUUGUUUUUCAAUUUAAAAUCUUUAGUUUUUAUUUUAUUUUUAUUUUUUUUUUAUUAGAAAUAGCAUUCAAAAUAUAUAUUUGAAAGUUUUAUUUUGAUAUUAGUUUUAUCUUUGAUGUUUUUCGUGUUUGAGGAGAUACUGCAUUUUUGUUUCGUACGAUCGAGUAUUAAAAAAAAAAAAAUUCAAAUUUCAAGAUGCGGCAUUUCUACACUCAAACAGUGUUUUGUCUGUCUGUUAAAAUUCAUGUAGACAUACAUAUAGAUACCAACAGCGCCUGCUAAAAAGACGUUUUAACUAGGAUUCAUAAGCGAAUCAAAGGCAUUUUCAUGGCGGAAGAGACACAUGUAGUUUUUUUUGGAUAUGGGUGAUAGAUCUUAUUUUCAGUGUUCAAUAACACGUAUUAUUGUCACAUUUAUAUUUAAUUUUUUUUUCCCUAUUAUGGUAAUAUGCGAUCAUAGCUUCUUACAUAAUUGAUAAGUAGUGGUAGCCGGUAGGUAAUCGGCAAAUCAAUUUCGACAAUCUAUCAUUCUUUACGUUAACGAUGUUUAUCGUAAUAAUAAUUUAUGAAAGGUGUGAUUCAUUUAAGUGGGUACACUCCAUUAUCUCAGAAAGCAUUAUGGAUUUUUACUUUAAUCGAAAAAUACACUUAGAAUUUUUUCAUUUAUUGAAAAACACCUGUUAAGUAUUAGUAGGUAUACAUGGAAAUAUCUCAUUUUUGAAAACUUUGCGUUUAGUAGAUGCAUCGCAUCGUUUCUUUAGGGGACUUCAUAAGAAACUUUGGUAUCUGUUUUGUUUUGCGUUUAAUAUUCCAACGAAUGUUAUUACUCAUGACGUAAGUUAUUAUUUUCCUGAAAACGUUUAACUUAACUUAGUUAUACGUAAAUUAAUUUGUAUUUUAAAAUUAACUUUUACUUGAUAACUUAGUUAUUUUUUUUCACACGGAUAACUAAACUUAAACUAGUUAGAAAAAAUAAAGUCGGUCUGUUUUCCCCCCAGUUUUGCGUACCUACAUCAAAUAUAUUUUUAUUAUUUUUUUUUUUUUUUAAAAACAUCAAACGUUUGGACGGAAUCGUUUAAAAUAAUAUUUCGUCGACGGUUCCCGGUAUCCGUUCGGUAUAAUAAUUUCCACAACGUUAUUUUAAACCGUCAUCCGCAGCACUGGGCCGGAAUAAUCAUAAUAAUAAUGAGUGUGAUCACCGCACCGCGACGAAUCUCGUUAAAUUUCUGUUUUAAUUGUAUAUUUUAUAUAUAUAUAAAUAAUUAAGUAACUGCGUUAAACGCCGUGUGCUUUCGUCGUCAUAUUGUUAUUGUUUCUGCCGGUGGAUCAAAUUAUAAACAAUGACGAACGGUUUUGGGAUUAUAUAUUCGUUAUACUAAACAAAACGAAAUAAUAAUAAAGACCAGAACGCGUUUGCACAAAAAAAAAAAAAAAACCGCGAAAAACAAAAAAUGAAUUAACCGAAAAAAGGUUAUUAUUAUUAUUAUUAUUGUUAUUAAUUGUAUAUUUCACUUUCGUUUGUCGGUGUUAACAUACGUUACCGCGCUGAAAUAUAUAUGCGAAUACGCAAAACGAAUAAAAAUAUAAUAUUAUACGAUUUAAAAUGUGAUAAUAAUAUUUUUCGUAGGUACAAUCGGUUUACUGCGAUUUUUACCGCCCCCACCCAUAUAAAUAAAAACCACAAUUUAGAAAGGCACUGCAGGUAUAGGUAACCCGUUUACGUAUUUUCGCGACGUGUUGGAAAUGCAAAUGUACCCCUGUAAACUACGAAAUACACUCGGGUCAGGUUAAGUUUUUUUGCCGUUUUCGCGCCGAUAUUUAUGUCUAAAACCUUUUUUUUCUUGAUUGUUUUUUCCAGAGGAUCUCGCCGUAGCCAAACAGUACAAGGUACCGACUUCGGAAAGCGGAAAGGUAAUUGAUAUUAAUUUUGUUAACACAGCCGUGCGAAACGUCGAAAUAUUCGUUUAAUAUACGCGUAAAAUGUAAAUAGAAGUGUAGUGUCAUUUGGAAAGUUUGAACGGCGAUGCUAUUUUUCAGCACAUGGUUUACCUACAAGCUGUUUUAGGGAUACGUUGUUGGUUCUAUCGUAAUAUUAUAAAAUCAAGUGGCACUUCUAUAAAAAAAAUUCGAUUGUUCGACUGUCAAAAAAAUAAAUAAAUAAAUACUAAGCAUUGACUUAAGCACUUUUCACCGGGGAUUAAAAAUAUAUUCGGCCCGAAACGAAGUGUAGCGUAAAUCAUUUUUAAAAUAUGCGAACCAAUAGCUCAUAUUUGUUAGCAUGCAAUACGUAUAUAUAUGUAUAUUGAAAUUGAUUUUUGUUUUGUUUUGAUUUCAGUGUCUGAUGAAAUGCAUGAUAAGCAAAUUGGGACUGGUAAAUAUUUUUCGAAAUACGCACUUUGCUCGCUGUUCCCAUUACGGUUAAAAGAGAAAAAGAAAAAAAUUAACACGUUUUACCGUUUGUUUUUUAUGAUAUUACAGUUGAACGAUGACGGGACGUAUAACAAGCAGGGCACCGAAGAAGCGUUGAAAAAGUACUGGUCGGAAUGGCCGGUAAACAAAAUCGAACAGAUAAACGACAAGUGUUACGAAGAAGGUAUACUUUUAUAUACUAUUUUUUUUCUCAUUCAUAAUAUCAAAAUGUCUAUCAGGAGUGGUAAAACGGAGGGAGAAAAGGGGUUAUAUCACUUCCCGUGAUCAUUUCAUCUUCGAUAUUUAGAAUAGUAUAUAUCUAUAUGAUAUUACCUAACUAUUUACCUAUUUAUGAAAAAAAGAAAAAAUUAAACGUAAAUUAUAUAGUAAUAGUUGAAAAAUGUUUAAAAAAUCAAUUUAAUUCUCCCCCUAGUCCCCGUGACAAAGUCAUUUGACCGAAACCGAUAGUAUAAAAAAGUAAUAUAAGUAUAGUAUAUGUUAGAAGAUUGAAAAAGCGCCAGUGCGAUUUACAAGCGAAUAAAAACCUAACCUAAUCAAAUCGUUGACAAAAUAAAAGAUGUUGUUUCCCCGAAAUAUAACUGCCUUACCGGGUAGCUUCGAAAAGGACAUAUUGUACGAUUCGAUAACGAAAGAAUAUUAUUCGAUUUUUCGACGGCGUAACAACAAACACGUCGUGAUACAAUAAGUAUACGAGAAGGAAAAAAAAAAACUAAAUCCGUAUGGCAGUGAACUCGUUACUAGUAAUACUGUUAUUCCGAGACGGACCACUCGGUCGUUUUAUAUUGAUCCGCGUUCGAAUAUCAUGUUAUUUGUGCGAUAUUUGGUAAAAUAACAUAAACGCACGAUCAGAGGCACCAGGUUUUGAAAGUGUCAUGCGGGUUCACAAUUUUAUUAGGACAUGCACGAUUUUACCUAAAUCUUACCAUACACGAGUAUUCCUUAUUUUUAUUUUUCUUAAAUUGUCCGUUAAACAAUUAUUAAAAUAUAGUUAUUUGUUGUUUUGUAUAUUAUAAAAUUUUAAUAGUAUGAGCAUCAUGAAAAACUGACAAAAUUUAAAAAACGCAAGACAGCGGAUACCAGUUAACCAAGAAACUGAUUGAUUACCAAAAUGUACACUUUUUCUCUGCUAUCAAUAUCAAAAAAAAAAAAAAAAAAAAAACGAUUAUCUUUCUCAAUUAAUUUGUUAUAAAUAAAAUUAGUAUUUUGAGGAUGUAGCUACAUAACAAUUUUUUUUUUUAUAAUAAAAUGGUAACAGGGGAGGGCAGAUCACCAAUUUAUCAAACUUAUGGAGGCCCCCCCCCCGUGUAAACGGCGCCCCUACACAUGAUUUAUUUGGAAAAAAGGAAAUAAAUAAAAAAACACGGUUUAAACUAUUGUAUUAUUCGCGCGCGUUAGAUUUGUUUGGCUAGUAACACCGUGAUAGCGAACGUACAAUAUUACCUCCAUUCAAAAUUAUAAUAUUAUAUCGUAUUAUGAACUUUGUUCGGACCGUCUAAUUCCGUUGCACUUCUGCCUGUAUAGCGGAUAUUCUCAACAUUAUAACGGUCGUUAUAAUAUCAUAAUAUUCGAUUGCGUCCAAUUCGAGCAGAGACGUUUAAUUGUAUUUAUUUUCUCUAAUAAUAUCUAUGACUAAUAUACUAUUUGAAAUUGUUGAUCAAUUUUCACGGCGCUAACACCGUCAGGAUAACGACUGCAAUAUUUAAAAAUCCGGUGCAGCAAUCGGCCAGUAGUAAGACGACUCUGAUUAAAUUUUUCGGGAGACGAUUAAAACGUUUUUUAGAUAAGUACCUAAUAGGUAUUAUGCAUGACGUAUUCCUUUUGCUGUUAUCGCUGUAACCACAAUAGUUAUCAUACGAGUACGUAAAUAUUUCGCCAAAAUGUGUAGCUAUUUUUCACGUUCCGAAUAUGUUGAUAAUGUGCCACUGUCGUAGAAACGAUUUCGAGAAAUCAUUGCCAACGAAUUACGUUACUGUGCAAAGUUAUUUAAAUAUGUUUUGAAAUGCCGCGAUAAUAACGAUUUUCGUUCGAAAUUUGAACUUAAAAUGCGUGUAAAAUAAAUUACUACAUUACCCUCAACUUUUUUUUUUACCGCUUAAUACAAUUUAUGGUUAACGUCACGUAGAGAAUUUUCAAAAAUUUUUGAUUUGCUAGAAUAUUUUUAUUCACACAUACCAAAUAAUUAUCGAAAAUAUUAAAUGUCUAUAGAUAACUCCAAAGUCACUAGAAUGGUUUGAAAAUUUUACCACGCCUAAAAAAUGCUAAUAUGAAAGUAAUUGAAGAAAAUUUCAGCUCUUUACGAUUACCGAAUAACAACAACAACAAAAAAAAUAUUGUUUCCAUAAAAUGUCCCAAUUAUUAAGAAAAUUACAUGGAUAAUCAAAAAAAUACCUUCCCAAUACACCAAUUAGAUUAAAAAAAGUUUUUUUUUGAUUGGAACGACAUUUUUUGUAGAAAAUGUGUACAUAGACGUACAUAAAAAAAAAGACGGACGUACUUUGCACGAUGGGCUUGCCACUGUUGUACGUGAAAAGUUGAAAAGAUAGGAUUAAGAGGGGAUUUUAAUGUAUAUCUAUAUGUAACGAUUAAUAAUUGUUAAUGAAAAACGAUUAUGAUCAGAGUUUUGUUAUACGUGUUUUAAAAGUCCGUAAUAUUACCUACGACAUUCGUUAAAAUUUUAUAGUUACGAAUAAAAAAAUAUGACUUAUAAUGAAUCUUCUGUUAAAUGUUCAAGCAUUUUUGUUUGGUAUAACAAUUUUAUCUAUAUGUACCCGCUGAAUAAAUCGGAAAACUAAAAUGUCUAUAAUUAACUCAAAAAUGGCUUAAGUGUUUUGAAAUUUUUAUCACGUCUAGAAAAAGCAAAUUUGAGUUUUCUGUCCAAAUUUUAAGUUUUUACGAAUAAUUUAAACUAAAUUACAACAAAUAAAUAAAAUUGAUAUUAAAAGAAAUAUUUUCGUAAAUUUUCGCGUUUUUUUCGGUUCUGCUCAGUUAUUAAAAAAAACUACGAUGAAAAUCAAAAAAAAGUAUUGUCUUGGUCACCAACUAGAUUAAAUAUUCAAUGAAACAAAUCUUUUGUUGUUUUUCUAUUGGCGCCACAUUUCUGGUAAAUAACCGAAAGCGUAAAUAUUUAAAAUAGUGAAAUCGUAGUAAUUUUUUUGUUUCUCCCAAUUAUUAUGAAAACCACUUUGGAUAUCAAAAAACGGCUUUCAUUGUCAGUGGGUAUAUAUUCAAAGAAACCAAAUAAAUCUCUUAUUAUUUUUCGAUUCAAGAUAUAUUUCUUGUAGAAAAUAUAAGUUGGAAAAAUUAAAAACAAUGAAAUCAGUAGCGCUGUGGUGCGACCUUUCUCUUAUGCACUAACCUGUCACAAUUUUCUUUCUGAAAAGGUAGGUUUAUUUUCGAAAAGUUGUAUACAAACAGAAAAAAAAAUGUAUAAAAAAAAGAAGCACACAUUAUAAUUAAACCAAUAGAUCCUACGCUACGUUCCGAAUCUAAAAUAAAAUAAUAAUUUAGUUACAUGUAAAGUAUUUAGUGUAACAAUUUCAAUAAACAAAUUAUAUAUUUAAGCGCAUAUUUGCAUAUUUUUUUUUUAGAGCUAGAAAUUUCUAAGCCUAAUUACAUAUAUAUUAAAUUUGCGUCGUUUCGAAAUAUACAUUUUAUUUGAAAUUUACUUGAAGUGUGAGUUGAUAAUGAUUUUGAUUACGAAUUUUCAGGUCAUUAUUGUGGUUGAUUAUUGGACGCAAUUAUAACAGUUUCCGGCGUCUUUUAAUCUUCUUGCGAAAUUUAGUUUGUUGUCCGUUUACGCGUACAACAAAACUACGUCGUCGUUUAUCGAUCUAACGAUCCACUAAAUGUUUUCCUUUCUUCUUCCAGAGUCUUUGGAUAUGAUUUAUGUUGUUAAAAUAAUAAUAUUUUAUUGAUAAAUAUCAUAAUACUCACCCGCUUGUUUGAUUACAGCUAAAAAAGUGUCGUCGACCGUGGUCAGCACUUGCAUUUACUCGUACCACGUGAUGGCGUGCAUAAACACCCAGGCCAAAAUCGUAAGUUCAGCGUUUUUGCGACGAUAAAUUUAUGAUAGGUAUUAUAAAUUAUAUACACGGCUGUCUAUUUUGUUUUCCAGUUGGGCGUAUUAUAA